AUGCGCCCCAGCACGAAGGUGCCCGGACUCCUGGGUCCCCCGACCCACGCCAAUGCGGUAUCCUCCUCAAAGGGUCCUCACAUGGGGGAAGGGAAAUCCCAGGAGCUAUGGGGGAGACUGGGGGGCGGAGGCAGGACGGGAUCCAAUCCCAGCGCGGAGCCCGGGCGCCAUGUCCCACCCCUGAGCAUGUUUCGCAUCCAGGAGUUCCCGGACGAGGUGUUCCCGGGGCGAGGGAAGGAGUCGCCUGCUCCCCCCGAGUCGCAGCGGGGACACACGCCCGGCUCCAAGCAGCCAGACACCCCCGCAACUGAAGUGCGAAGCCGGAUAGGGUCAGACACCCCAUCUCUGGAGCCAGAAGUGCAGGAUGAGCCAGGUGGGGCAUUCCGGGCACGCUCACGCUCAGCACCCCCCAUCCUUUGGGCUGCUAUGCGUUACGGGCGGGAGCUGCGCAGGAUGAGUGACGAGUUUGAUGUGGCGCUGCAGGUGCUGCCACGCCCCAAGAGUGCAGGCACGACAUCCCAGCUGCACCAGGGGAACAGCUGGAAAGAGAUCAUCCAGGCCUGGUUGGGGCACAGACCUGCCCGUGAUGCCCUCCCUAGGAGCUCCAAGUGACUGCAGCUUCCCUGCUGGGGGCAUGGGACCAGCCCCUUGAGGGCAAGCUCUGCAGGAUGCCAGUGUUGUCUGGGAGGAGGGAGAUGUUGGGGGGAGCUCUGUAUGAGACACAUUCCCCCAGACAACUCGCCCCUACCCAGCCCUGGGGGUAGGCAGCUGCCUGUCUCCCCAUAGGGUGACUCCCCACAUCUAUCUCUGGAGGGAGGGGGGGGGGAAGAGGCUGGGUUUUUUACACUAUCUGGGGAAGUUGUAAUAAAAACUGAUAUUUUCUA